AUGGAAAAUAGUUUUUGCGGGAAAAAGAAGUUCCGGUCCGGGCCUUCGACGUCACUGCACCGAAGGAGAAUGAAGAUGAUGAAGAAGAGGAAGAGACAUCUGGAUAGAAGCAGAAAGGAAGACCUUAUCAUCGAGUGGGCGUUUGGGAAGCGGAUGACCCCCGCAGAGAGGCUGCGCAAACACCAGAGAGCGCUGGAGAAGACACAGAGAGAGCUGGACAGGGAGCGCGUGAAGCUCGAGAACCAGGAGAAGAAGCUCGUACAAGACAUAAAGAAGAGCGCAAAGAACGGACAGAUAGGAGCUUGUAAGAUUCAGGCAAAGGACUUGGUCCGGACAAGACGGUAUAUUCAAAAGUUCUACUCGAUGCGGACGCAACUGCAGGCUAUAUCACUACGGAUUCAGACCGUCCGAAGUAAUGAGCAGAUGGCGCAGUCGAUGAAAGGGGCGACGAUACUGCUAGGAAGUAUGAACAAGCAGAUGAAUCUGCCUGCCCUGCAGAGAAUUGCUAUGGAGUUUGAGCGAGAAAACGAGAUCAUGGACCAGCGGCAAGAGAUGAUGGAUGAUGCCGUCGACGAAGCAACUGGUCUGGACGAUGAGGAGGAAGGGGAAGAAAUCGUCAAGGAGGUACUAGACGAAAUCGGUGUUGAUCUCGGACAGGCGCUUGGAGAGACACCAAGUGGGAUACAAGGAGCGGCAGUCAAGGAGGCCCGAGUUGCCCAGGCAGUUGGUGGUGGCGGGAAUACGGAUGACGAAGACUUGCAAGCCAGACUGGACAGUCUACGAAAGUGA